AUGCAAUUCUUGUCCGCAGUCGGCUUCCUCGCCCUGGUGGCGUCGGCCUUGGCCGGAGGCUACGGCGUUGCCCCCGUGGCCAGCUACGGAGCGACCUACGCCGCUCCGGCUGUGGCCGUUGCCCCCGCCGCCGCGCACUACGGUGGCGCGUACGCCGCUCCCUACGGCGGGUACGGCGUGGUUGCUGCCCCGGCCGUUGCCAAGACCGUAUCUUAUGGCGCCACCUACCAUAGUCCAGCGUACGCAGCCUACGCCGCCCCCGCCGUCGCCAAGACCGUAUCCUACGCCGCUCCAGCUGUGGCCACCUACGCAGCACCCGCCGUAGCAGGCUACGGCUACGGUCACGGUGUUGCCGCUUACAGAGGUCUCGGUGGCUACGGAGGUCUUGGAGGCUACGGCGGCUACGGGGCCUACGCCGUGCCAGCCGUUGCCAAGACCGUCUCUUACGCCGCUCCAGCUGUGGCCACCUACGCUGCACCCGCCGUUGCCGGCUACGGCUACGGUCACGGUCUCGCCGGUUACGGAGGUUACAGCGGUCUCGUCGGCGGCUACGGCGCCACGUACGUUGCCCCAGCCGUCACCAAGUCCGUGACCUACGCUGCUCCCGCGGUGGCUGCCUACGCCGCGCCCGCUGUGGCGAAGACCGUGAGCCUGGGACCCAGCUAUGGCUACGGAGUCGGAGGCUACGGAGAGGUCGCAUCGCAGGAAUAUGUUAUCACUUAUACGCUGUAUAAUGGCUUAUGGUACCACUAG